AUGGCAUCAAAUAAUGAAGAGGUGAAGCUUUUUGGAAUGGUGGAAAGUCCAUUUGUGACUAGGGUGGAGAUUGCUCUAAAAUUGAAGGGAGUUGAAUAUACAUAUGAGUUAGAAAAGAAAGGAAACUUGAGUGAUACACUCAUCAAAUACAAUCCAGUAUAUAAGAAAGUUCCUGUGUUAGUUCAUAAUCACAAGUCCAUAUCAGAAUCUCUCGUGAUUGUUGAGUACAUAGAUGAAACAUGGAAACAAAAUCCAAUCUUGCCUUCUGAUCCUUACAAAAAAGUACAGGCCCGUUUCUGGUCAAAAUUCAUAGAUGACAAGUCGGUGGAUCCCUUAAGAAAAGUUAUGAACACUAUUGAUGAGAAAGAACGUGAGAAAGGUAUUGAGGAAAUAGAGGAGGCUUUUCAAAUUCUUGAGAAUGAGCUCAAGGACAAGUUCUUUGGUGGAGAUGAGAUUGGAAUUGUUGACAUUACUGCUGUCGUCAUAGCUAGGCUUCCUAUUAUACAAGAAGCAUUUGGCCUGAAUUUGUUGACUAGUGACAAAUUUCCCAAGAUUUACAAAUGGAGCCAAGACUUCAACAAUCACCCUAUUGUUAAGGAAACAUUGCCCACUAGAGAAACCCUUUUGGCCUUUUACAAAGGUCUGUACGAAACUCUUAUUGCUUCAAAAUAG